AUGGGGAGGUCUCCUGGCUGCGACGAGAGCGGCCUCCUCAAGAAGGGCCCUUGGACGCCCGAGGAGGACGAGAAACUUCUCGAGUUCAUCCAGAAAAACGGCCAUGGCAGCUGGAGGAACCUCCCGAGGCUUGCAGGGCUGAACAGAUGUGGCAAGAGCUGCCGGCUGAGGUGGACCAACUACCUGAGGCCGGACAUCAAGAGGGGCAAGUUCUCCCAGGACGAAGAGCAAACCAUCCUCCACCUCCACUCCUUCCUCGGCAACAAGUGGUCGGCGAUCGCUACGCACCUGCCGGGGCGGACGGACAACGAGAUCAAGAACUUCUGGAACACGCACCUCAAGAAGCGGCUCAUCCAGAUGGGCUUCGACCCCAUGACGCACCGCCCGCGGACCGACUUCUUCGACGCGCUGCCGCAGCUCGUCGCGCUCGCGGCGCUCCGGGGCCAGCUCGCCGCCGCAUGCUCGCCGCAGGGGACGACGUUGGCCGGUGCUUCUACUGCUGCUGCCUCAGCGUCAACGGCCGGCGAUCACCAGAUGUCGUACACGUUUUCCGAGGCGCCUGUCACCGUCAGCGAUGACCUCCUCCUCGGCUGUGGCGCCGCCGGUGACUACGAGAAUUAUUGCCACGGUGGCUCGCUGCCUCCUCUCGCCGAUCUCUCUGACGCCGCGGACGGCCGGUGCAGCGCGACGGCCUCGUCCAGCUUCGGUGGCGGCGUGAGCAGCCCCCUCCCCUGGCCGGAGUUCUUCCCAGACGAGGAUCCCUUCAUCACUGAUUUCCUCUGA